UGUGUGUGAAGACUGAAGAUGAGAAACUCUUUAUAAAGAGUUGAAAAAUAAAAAGAUCCCAAUAAAUAUUUUGGGGCCUAUCUAUAUAUAUAUUUGACAAAAUGUGUCACUACACAUCUUACAAGAGUCUAUAUAAAAGGGGGCUCUGGUUUUAAGGUUUGAAGCAGUACUUACAAAGAGUAUAUAUAUAGUAGAGAGCUAGCACAUCUAUAUAUAUAUAUAUAUAUAUAUAUAUCAUCAUCGUAUAUACAUACAACACACAUAUAUAUAUACAUAUGGAAGAAGAAAAUGGAAGUGAUGGAUACACAAAAGAUGGAACAGUGGAUCUCAAAGGCAACCCUAUUCUUAGAUCCAAGAGGGGUGGAUGGACUGCUUGCUCCUUCAUUGUUGUGUAUGAAGUAUUUGAGCGUAUGGCAUACUAUGGAAUAUCCUCGAAUCUAUUCAUAUACUUGACAAAGAAGCUUCGAGAAGGUACUGUCGAGUCGGCAAAUAACGUGACCAAUUGGGUCGGAACAAUUUGGAUGACUCCGGUUUUAGGUGCCUACAUCGCCGACGCCGUUUUGGGCCGUUAUUGGACUUUUCUCGGCGCUUCUGCCAUUUAUCUCUCGGGAAUGUGCCUCCUAACUCUAUCGGUAACGAUACAUCCUCUCAAACCAUCUCCAUGUUCGGAUCCAAUCAUCGCGAACUGCGAAAAGGCAACCCCAUUGCAAAUAGGCGUAUUCUUCGGUGCACUCUACACACUGGCAUUGGGCACCGGCGGAACAAAGCCAAACAUUUCGACCAUCGGAGCCGACCAAUUUGACGAAUUUGACCCUAAAGAGAAAGCCCAUAAAAUCUCAUUUUUCAACUGGUGGAUGUUUAGCAUAUUCUUCGGCACACUAUUUGCAAACACGGUCCUCGUCUAUAUACAAGACAACGUGGGAUGGACGCUCGGGUACGGGCUACCCGCUAUUGGGCUUGCUAUAUCGAUAGUCAUAUUCUUGAUCGGUACCCCGUUUUAUCGGCACAAGGUGCCCACGGGUAGCCCUUUUACGAAAAUGGCUAAGGUUAUCGUGGCUUCUAUGAGAAAAUGGAGGGUCGAUGUUCCGACGGACCCUAAGGAGUUGUAUGAGCUCGAUUUGGAAGUGUACGCUAAGAACGGGAAAUAUCGAAUCGAUUCUACACCUACGUUCAGGUUCCUCAACAAAGCGUGCGUAAAAACGGGCCCGACAACCCCAUGGAUGCUAUCCCCGAUCACCCGAGUCGAAGAAACCAAACAAAUGCUAAGAAUGAUUCCGAUCCUAAUAGCCACGUUCAUACCGAGCACAAUGAUAGCUCAAAUAGGAACCCUCUUUGUAAAACAAGGCACAACUCUCGAACGAAAAGUCGGCAACUUCAACAUACCCCCCGCUAGUCUAGCUGGCUUCGUGACACUAUCCAUGCUCAUAAACGUCGUUUUGUACGACCGUUUCUUCGUGAAAAUCAUCAAAAAAUGGACCAAAAACCCUAGAGGCAUCACCCUUCUUCAACGAAUGGGCAUUGGCAUGAUAUUCCACAUAGUUAUAAUGGUCGUUGCUUCGUUGACCGAAAUGUAUCGGAUUAGGGUUGCAAAGGAAAAGGGGGUGGUGGAAAACGGGAAGCAAGUUCCGUUAUCGAUAUUUAUUUUGUUGCCUCAAUUUAUAUUAAUGGGAGCGGCGGAUGCUUUCUUGGAAGUGGCAAAGAUUGAGUUUUUUUACGAUCAAGCCCCUGAGAGUAUGAAGAGUUUGGGUACUUCUUACUCGAUGACUAGCCUCGGUGCGGGGAAUUUCAUUAGUAGUUUUCUUUUGUCAACGGUUUCGAAGAUUACGAAGGGUGACGGUGGCGACGGGUGGAUUAGGAAUAAUUUGAAUGCGUCGCAUUUGGACUAUUACUAUGCGUUUUUCGCGAUUCUGAAUUUCUUGAACUUCGGUUUGUUUCUUGUUCUUGUGAGGUUUUACGUGUACAAGGCGGAGGUUUCGGAUUCGAUGAAGGUUCUUGGUGAAGAACUCGCGGCUUCGAGGCAGAAGGUGGUUAAUGAAGAAGCAAUAGUUGUAGCCCAAUAGUAGGUUGUCUUAAGAAAAAAAAAUGUCAAGUUCUUUUCCA